UGAAUUUAAUGUAAAAAUGCUCCUUUGUUUUCCCCCUGUAAUUGCUUCCUCUCUUUCACUAAUCUCCAGCCGCGGCUUGGGUCCUCCGGCUCAGACGAACACAGGUGCAUCGAAAUUAGAUUUUCAUGAACAUUCAUCCUGUAUUUAAAGUUCACAAGACUGAAAUAUGGAGAACUCUGACUCCCAGAAGAAAGAGGAAGGCUCUCAAAAGAGGUCCCCGUUUGACUUGAUCAUGAAUCAGAUUCGGAGGAAGAAAUCCUUUGCGGAGCGUCCCCAGCGCUCGUCUGUGAGCAGAUUCUUCCGACCCGCCGAGAACUCCGAAACAAGGGGGAAAGGCAUUCCCGAAACUAAAGAGUCCGAGGAGAAGCCUGAAGAUAAGGAGAAUAUUGGACCUGUAACAGAGGAUGCCGGCUUGGCAGACACAGAGGUGUGCUCGGUGGUGGGCUGGGGGAGAGUGAAACAGUUCAUUCAGAAGCUGGGAAAGAAGCCUGACAGCCGGAGCCUGAGUCUCUGUAACUGUGGACUCACAGCCACUGACGUGGUAGAGCUGGCUACAAUGCUGCCAUUCUUGACUCUACUAGAGGACCUGGACCUCUCCUGGAAUGAUUUAAUUGGUGGAGCGCUGAAAGCUUUGACCUUUCACCUCCAGCAUGUAAACAGACUGAAAACACUGAAACUUAGCAACUGCAGACUGACUGCUGAGGAUAUAACUGCUUUAGGGCAGGCUUUUGAAUACAUCCCUCUGCUUGAAGAGCUGGACCUAUCCUGGAACAGCUACAUCGGGGGUCACCUGUCCUGCCUCACCGAGGGUCUGCAGCCUGAAUGCAGGGUGAAGACACUCCGCCUGGUGGACUGCGGGGUCACAGCCGACGACGCCAAAUCACUGGGCGAGGCCCUGGUUCUGCUGCCCUCCCUGGAAGUGCUGGAUCUCUCAGUGAAUAAACACCUGGCCAGCGGGCUGCAGGACUUUGCCCCAGCGUUGAGGCACGCCUCUCGCCUGCAAGUGCUGAGGCUGCACAUGUGCGGACUCAAACAGGACAGCAUUCAGAUUCUGGGUGGUGCUUUGCAGCAUCUCCCAGACCUGAAGAUGCUGGAUCUGUCCUGCAAUAAAGAGGCUGGAGGAGGUUUUAAAGAAGGAGCUGCCCAGAUAGCCACUCUGAAAGGGCUACAAAGCCUGGAUCUGCAUCUCUGCUGUCUAACAGAUGAAGACAUGCUGGCUCUCACCCAGGUUAUUCCUUUGCUCUCUGAUCUCAAAGAGCUGGAUUUGUCUUCCAAUAAAAAGACAGGCGUCACGGUCCAGCAUUUGUUCUCCAGACUCCGGUUUCUACCCAAGCUGAAGUCUCUUCUCAUUAACAACUGCAACCUGACUGGGGACUCCUAUCGAACACUAGUGGAAGUCGUGUCCCAGCUGUUUGAGCUGGAGGUUCUGAGUCUCUCCUGGAAUAAGUGCGUGGGUGGAAACCUCAAGUCGUUGCUGGAUCCUCUGGUACAGACAUCAUCUCUGCAAGUGCUGAAGCUGAGCAGCUGCAACCUGACUGGAGACGACUUGGUGGAUUUAGCAUCUGUGUCGAAAUCCGGAGAGCUUGCGCACUUGAGGCAGCUCGACCUAACCUACAAUGACACGGUGGAGGAUGCGGGGUGGGCUCACUUCUUCCAGGAGACGAUGGGGUUAAAGGAGCUGACCGAGCUGGAUAUCAGCCUGCGCCCCUCCACUCGCCGCGACGCCUCCCCCUGGAUCGACAGCCUACAGGGGUUCCUGAUCCGACUCCCUGCCAUCAGCGAGUUCGGGCUGCACAGAUGGGUCCUGACAAACCAGCAGAGGGAGUGCCUGGAGUCCUUCAACAACAGCCACAAGAGGAGUGUUCACUUUGACUGCUAUCACUCCACACACAGAGCAGGACAGGGCCCCUUGGAGCAGGACAGCUGAGACAGGCCAGGAGAACUCUGCUAGAAGGGACUGAAGAUAACCAGACUGGAGCAUAGCACCAGAGUCGGAGGACUUUAGAAUGGGACGUUGAAAUGAACGGCAAAGAAAACAACUUUUUAUAUCUACGACAUUUACAAGGUGGUGUCAAGUACCAACAAGAAGUUGAUCAAAGGUAGUCUAGUUUUCAUCUAUACAUUUAAACACUCAAUAAUCAGUUCAAUUGCAGAAGGAUUUAAUGUGCUACUGUGGCUGCUUUCUUGUUAUUAGCACUUGUUAAAACCAAGCUUUGAGCUGCUUCCGGUAAAAUUAAGAAGCAAAAUUAACAUCAAGCCACCCUGAAAUGCCACUUCUAAUAAUCUUCAUGUUGGCAUCUGACAUUACUAUGUAUUCAUAUUAAAAAUAAAAAAAUAAUAGAAAAUCACUAUAGCCAAGGUUUGCUGUCAUUUGCAACAUGUGCCACUACAACCCUUAUGAUUAGGACUGUCCUCUUCCAGACUCUUCAUUCCAGCUGGAGUUUCUGCUCUUGUGUAUUAACAGCAGUUGGAUCUAAAUAACCAGGUGCUGCAGUGCUGUUGCUGGCUGUGUAGGGUCAACUCUUCCAAUGCCUCAGCAAAGUAUAGAAGGGGGCCUUUACUGUAAUAGGAGCCAUCCUCUGGAUGCAAUGUUAAACUGCUCUACUCAACGGGCACUGAAGAUCCCGUGGCACUUUCGAAGAACAGCAGUGGUUUUAACCAGUACAGGUCAAUACAACUGGAAAGACCAUUGGAUCUUUAGCAUGAAGUGCUGAAGGGUUGUGUCCUUUGCUAAUCAGCACCCUGAUCAAAAACAUAAUUUAAUGCUACUAAUAUGUUUCCUAAUAACUGCUGUAUAAGCUGCUGUUCUAUCAUUUGUUUGAUUUGUAUAUCAUAGAUUUUUGAGCAAUCUUUUUUUUUUUGUAAUGAAGAUUAUAGAGCACUUUCAGUAUCUCUGAAUUAAAAUAUGUAUUCCCAAGAACCAUUCCACCACUCCAGACAUAUUUACACAUAGAUGUUGCAGUGUGGCUCUGGGAGUAAGUACCAGAGGAUGUUAGGUUUUCAUGAUUGUUCAAUUUUCUCUUUGAGAACGAGAUAGCUAACUUUGCUGAGACAAUGAAGAUUUACAAUAUACCUGUAAAAAACAAAUAAGUAAUAAUAAAGACAUUUAUAGUA